AUGGCCCCCCAUCAAAACCAAGCUAAGGCUCCUCAGGGCCUGCUGGCCUCUCCGCAAGCAUAUCCCCCUCCAAAUAGUGAUACCCCCGGAACAGCGUUACCACAGAAUCCAACCGCACCGCUGCUAGCUAGAAAUCGGGAACGGAAACGAUCGCGAGAACCUGAAGAUCCGCUCCGUCUCCCCACCAAGCGACGGCGGACGAGUCUUGCAUCUGCUGCUGUUGAGAGCUCUGCUGUUGAAGCCACACCCGACCAAGAGUUACUAAACCGUGUCUACGAGAACGACAUUAAUCCAAUCAACUAUUGGAUUCAGCGAGGACAUUGGCCCAAAUUAUAUUUCAGGCAGGAUAACAUGGAUUCCCUGCUUGCAAGGAAGAAGUCGUCUUCUUUUCACCGCAAACAAUCGGAAUCUGGCUCUGUUUCCACACCGAAUGAUCAAAAACCAAGGGACGAAAAGAGUGCUCCAUACAGGAAUUCGCGUUAUCAAACCGUGCUUGAAUCAAAAGGCAGCUUUAUGAAAAAGGCGCGCGUUGGAAUUACAGACGGAAGUAGCACUCUUAUCGAAUCUUUGCUUGACACGGUCCCAACUGUCCCUGAGAAUUCAUUAUUUCGAGAUGACUUAUUCGACACGACCUGCGAGAAGAUCCAAUGUGAGAACGAAGCCAGAGUAAUUCGAGAUAUUGGGCUAUUGAUUGUCCCAUCUGCAGACACUCUAGCUUCGUAUGGGGCCACUCACUUGGAGUGCUUGGAUGAAGGUGUUAAUAAAGGCUGGAACAACAGCAUCCCUUUCUGUGGACCCCGUCCACAACCUGAUUACUCUGUGGGAUUCAAGCGGUCCGCAUUUACAGAUGAUCAACUUGAGAAGCUCAAGCCUUUCAUAGGUGACUGGGAGUGUACUUCAUUUUUUAUGGCAACAGACACUAUGCAUUUUCCGUUCCUAACAUGCGAGGUAAAAUGCGGCGAGGUGGCACUUGAUAUCGCAGACCGACAGAACGCUCACAGCAUGACUCUUGCAGUGAGAGGCGUUGUUGAGUUAUUCAAACUGGUGAAGCGAGAAAAAGAGGUCGACCGGGAGAUACUCGCCUUUUCAGUCUCGCAUGACCACACGGCAGUGAGGAUCUACGGUUACUAUGCAGUUCUUGAAGGAGAGAAGACGAAUUUUUACCGCCACCCAAUCCACAAGUUCGAUUUUACCGCUCUGGAUGGCAAAGAGAAAUGGACGACGUACAGAUUCACGAGAAAUGUCUAUGAUAUAUGGAUGCCAAGUCAUUUUAAAAGAAUAUGCUCUGCAAUUGAUCAGAUACCCCCUGAUGUGGAUUUUGACGUUUCGCAGUCAGGUCAAUACUCCCAACAAUCCAACUCCGGAUCGGUGCUCGCAGUCGAGGAUGAUGACAGCCAACCAAGUCAGCGCCAUAUUGCCUCGGCAGGUGUAACGCCAACUACCUCCUUUACGGAACAAACACAAAUAUUCAAAAGGCCAAGAAAGAAGCAGUAA